AUGUCCAGUCGAACAGACAAGACAGUUGAAAAACAAACCAGCAAUCAGGCUGGUCCAGCAACGCAUGGCAUCGCGAGACAGCUUUCUCAAGAAUGGGGUUUUGGACUGCCACAAACCUCCCUGCUCCGCCCAUGCCUCUUCCUCGACUGGGGCAGAUGGGAUUCGACUCAUCCCCUUACGAUAAGCCGGUCUCAUGAUCUUCAAGCCCUCGCCUUGGCGACACAGCAUCCGUCAGUUGCCAUGAUUGCAUGUGAAAGGGGCUCCGCGUGUCAGACAGACGAGCUCGAGGUGAUAAGCUGGCUCGGAGCAGGACCGUUGCUGGGACGUAGUGGCGGCUGA